AUGUCGGAACCACGCUGGAAGGCGAAGCAGGACCUGGAUCAGUCUUCUCGCGCGCAGGAGCGCACCCCAACCAGCAAAUCUAGCCCUGCGAAGCAUCGAUACGAGGUGAGUGCCCUGCACGGCAAGUAGCCUGGCUUGCACGUACAAAGUCUGACGUAUUUUGUCUUCUUCUUCUGCUCACGUAGACUGCUCGAGAGCGGGCCCGUCAGCGUCAAGCUGUAAGAAACGGCUCGCCAUCGCUCGAGCGCUCAGCUUCUCGCGCUUCUACGCCUUCUCCUUGCUCCUCCACCCCUCGCUUGGGAUCCGAUGAGGAUGCAUACCGGCUCUCAGCGGUAUGGGAGCACAGCGAAGCGGAACCGGCCUCCCCAAUUCUCUCUACCGCCAGCCCGUUUCAAAUGAGCGGCUCGGAGAAGAAGCUGGCCGAUUCGGGCGAAGAGGGUUCGUGGCUUUCCGAUACACAAGAUGUUGAGGCUGCGGAGGAUGUGGGAGACGAAGAAGCUACGGAGCUCGCAGGGUGCUCGCAAAGACUUUUGGUAAGUUCUCGGAGUCCGCACGAGACUUCUACCGCGGAGCAAUCGAAGACGACUGAUGCAGUCGAAGAUUCCACGUGCAGGAUGCUGAGAUCAACAAAGCCGCCGAAAGUAGUGCUGAGGGUGGAAGCGUGGGCCACGCUGUGAAGGUACGUUAAAGUGGUGUGCCCAGAUAGAUAGGACGGCAAAGGAUGGCCCCCUCUGCUCAAUGCUCACUACGAUGUCUUCUCCGCAUCUAGAAUGAGCGCUCCAAGGUUAUGAGGACUGGAAUCUUUGCCCCUGUCCGAGCGCAGGAACAAAUGAGAAGUGAGCUAGAACAAGCAAACAAGGAGCUGAAACGAGCGAAGGAGGAAAGGCUAGAGGAGUUCAGGACGCGUCUAAUCGCCGAGAACCGUGCAGUGUAUCUUGCGAAAAGUCUAGCCAACUUGGAGAAAGACUUCGAGAGCAUGGAACGACGUCACGCUGGUGUCGACCGCGAACAUCGGGUUGAGGCGGCGCAGGCGACGAAACGCAACGAUUCUCUCGCCAUUGAGCUCCAACUUGCUCAUUUCAGGAUCAAGGAACUCGAGGAAGAUCUCCAGAAGGCACGUCCCCUGCAAGGUACUGCCAAUGAAGCAGAGGUCGAACUGGAACAGGCACAAGAAGCAUUCAAGGCCAUGUGGUAUCAUGUUCCUGAAUCGUUUCGUAAUCAGGUAGGCCCAGCGAACAGCAGCUCUCGAUCCUCGUAAGCAGCUGGAUCGGAAUUGCUCGUACACUUGUAUCCACACAGAUUAGAUGUAAUUCGAGAGUCGCAUCAAUGUACCCAAUGUCCCCAAAGAGCAGUAUCAGAGGUGCACUGAGACUUGCGGCCGAAUUACGAUGCUCGUGUCAGCGAGCAUGACUGUUAUGUGUGACUCCAGGUGUCUUGGUCGGCUUGCGAAGCUUUGCCCUGAGAAACUUGCAUGCGUUGAGGCUCUUGGAGCUUCUCGUGCACCAAACGUUGCAAGUCGCUCGUCCAGUAAACGACUCGAGACGCACCUCUGAAGACGCUCUAACCAAGCGUUGAGCCUCAACACUCCACGAUAGCGCUCAAAGCACAUUCCAGAGCGUUGCCAGACAGUCAACAAGACGCUCCUCGCUCGAUCGUCGUUUUGAUCGUUCGCAGGCGCGCACACCUACGUCAUGCUAGAACGUGGGCGCGCGCGCGCGCGCUCGAAGUCGGUCCGCCGGCCGCGCGCGAAACUCACCGAACAUGCAGAUUCAGCGCGGCGAGUUGAUCGCUUGAGUGCUUUGGUGCCUGAAAGCUUUUCGGGUUGCCGCGUAGAUCAACACUUUUGACUGGCGGGAUGCCCGCAGAUCAACACUUGGGCGUGGGAGCAGAGGUUGCGGCGAGAAACGCUUCCUUGGAGAUGGCGCGGCCGCGUGAGCGACUGAGCAAGCCCCGUCUUCCGUGGUUUGCUUCUCAAGCGAGCGGAUGCGCUCGCUCUGCUCAUUCCUCCGCACUUUCACUGUCAAAGGAGCACUAUGUGCAAGCGACUCAAGAAGUUGCAGAGCUCAAGGCCGAGCUCGACAGCAAAGACGCGACUAUCGAGAUCAAGCGUCAGGAGCUCGACGAGUUCCAGCGUAUGCUGAAGGUCUCGGAAGAUGGCAAAGCUGAGCUGGAAGCCCAACUCAAAGCGCUCCGCGAAAAAUACCAGCGCGCAGAGAGUCAGCGCGAAAUUCUGCGCAAGAAUAUCGAAGACGCCGUCGCGUGUCUCCAGACAGAGGAGACGCAAGCUUGA